UUGAAGCUCCUGGCAACCGUCCGGCUUACGCCAGCAGUCCGUGCAAAUCGCCUCUGUACCAAACUCAAGGUAGCCAAUGGCUGCGCUUUCCAGACAACCAUCGGGCUCUUCAACCUAUCGACUCCACGUCAGGAUCGGCGGCAUACGCCUCCGAUUUUGGACUCAAGGUAGGUAACGGCUGCGCUUUCUAGACAACCGUUGGGCGCUAUAGCCAAUCAACUCCACGCCAGGAUCGACAGGAUACGUUGGAGAUCCGCCUGCUCAACCGUCCGACGUAGCUAAAGCAGUCCUCGCAACAGUGGACCGAGUCUCCUUCAACUUAGCCGUGUAUUUGCACCUAAGGACCUGAGCUACCUGUGUCACAAUUCGGAGAUUUAUGCUGUCCCGAACGUCUCGACGUAGCGAUCUUGCUUCUUGCUGACAGUCACGACUGUUUUCUUGACUUUGACUUGCUUGAUGUUGUUCACUCGGGUCCCGCUUAUAUAGGUCUCCUGGUACCUUUAAUCUUCGACUUCUUCCUGCUCUGUGCGCACGGCACCACACCAGUGUACAAGUCCGCAGUUUUACGACCUUUCGCACUCUGCGCACCGCACCACACUAGAGUCCAAAGUUCGUCGAUGUACCGUUGUUCCUUCGCUCACGGCACGUCUGCGCUAUCUCGUCUCUCGCCGCCUCGCUCCUCAUACUGCUGUUUUCCUCUCUCCGCAUCUUCUCUCCAAACUCUCUUUUCCCGCAAUGCCGUUACUACGCGAAUUCGCUGCGAAUUCAGCAACUGGCGGGCCUCCGUACAGUUGUUACUCACUUUAUUUGUGCAGAGGAAUUUAUCUCCUCACAAAAGUCGUUCCAAUAUCAAGGUCAUGAUGAUAGUUUUUUUUCGAUUUUCGUUUACUAUGAAUUCCAUCCACCCGGAAAAACGGCAAGUAAGAAAUAUUCUGGGUAUUCCCUAAACUGUUGAAUUGCUGAAUUGUUGAAUUUUGAUCAGCUGUUAAUCAGCUGUUCCAUACAAAGUCAACUGUCUGAAAUUUCAGCAAUUCAACAGCCUCGGGGCUGUUGAAAAUUUUGUUGAAUUGCUGAAAACCAGAGUUGUCGCUGUUCUCGACUAAAAGUUAGAGGAACUCUGGUCACUUGUAAACAUGGAGGAAUUGUAAGCGUAUAAAAUAUGCAAUAAAAGGAUAUCUGAUAGGAUGCUGCCUGUUAGCAGUUCUAAUAGUUAAGUUUUUUGGCUUAUUCUCGGCAUUUUCCUUAAUUUUAAACAUAAUCUUUGGUAAGCACAGCCUGACAUUUUGACAAUCUGACAAACAACAGACAACAAAUUGAAAAUUCAACAGGGAACUUUAAUACCCCCUUCCCAUACAGUCCAUUCGUUAGAAACGGUUGGGAUUUUUGACAAAUGUGAAACUCCGAUUCCCACAGGGCACAUCCACCAUCUACCAUCCGACAACAGCUGUCAGUUCAGCUGUGACUAAUAAAAACACAAGCAAAAAUUGUUAAAGUGGAUUUUGCCAGACCAAAAUGAACAAUUUACCAAUUAUUUUGGCUGCUGUACAACAGCAAAAUCUUAAGUUGAAUCAGCUUUUAUUGGCAGCCAAUUCAGAGGAGUGGAAUGACGACGAAUUGGAUCUGUACGAAAGCAUUUUUUCUGCAAAAGAGCAAAUGCCACGAAGGGUGUGGAUGCUGAAGCGAUACGGGACAUUUUGGAGAAGGACAUACCGGAAAACAAGGACGAGUUCUUCAAAGAGAGCUUUCGUAUGGAGAAGAGGACCUUUUCGUUUUUGGUGGACCGACUUGGUGUUUUGCGGCAGUCGAUCACCACAACUACAAAGGCUGGUACUCAAUAGUAUUAUUCGCUCUCGUGGAUUACAGAUACAGAUUUACCUAUGUAAACAUCGGCUCUGCUGGGCGCUGCAACUACUCCACUAUAUUUCAAAAGUCGAGCCUGGCAAGGAAAAUUGUGUCUUCUUCGUUUCUUCACGAAAUAACAAGGGAAAUUUGUGGCGUUCAAGUUCCGGUGCUGCUUAUUGGGGACUCUGCCUUUAGAUUUUCCCAAACGCUGAUGAAGCCGUACCCAUUUUCCACAACUGCAUCCGAAGAACAGCGAAAUUUUAACUAUAAUCUGUCUAAAGCUAGGCGAGUGGUAGAAAAUGCAUUUGGCCAUUUAAAGGCAAGAUUUCGGUUUAUUGGGAAAGGUCUUGACAGCCACUACAAGAAUAAUAAUGCAGUUAUUCUAGCCUGCUGCAUUUUGCACAACAUUUUAAAUGAGCACAACAGCGCUAUAAAUGAAACUUGGCAACAGGCUGCAAAUGACCUAGGCGAACAACCAAAUCGGACUAAUAUGUCUGCAGAUUUUAGCCAACCUGCAGAAAAAAUAAGAGCAGCUAUUUCCCA